AUGGAUUCUGUAGAAACUAAUACGCCAGAGCUUUCUGCGAGUGUUACACCUUUAAAGAAAGAAAUUAGUCCUCGGCCGAACCAGGUCUCAACUGUUGUACUUUACGGUGUUCCCAUUGUAUCUUUGAUCAUUGAAAACCAAGAACGAUUGUGUUUGGCGCAAAUAUCUAACACGCUGCUGAAACAUUUCAGUUACAAUGAAAUUCAUAAUAGAAGAGUGGCAUUAGGAAUAACUUGUGUGCAAUGUACACCCGUACAACUCGAAAUUCUCAGACGAGCUGGUGCUAUGCCUGUAUCUUCGAGAAGAUGUGGCAUGAUAACUCGAAGAGAGUCAGAACGCCUCUGUAAAAGUUUCCUCGGUGACAAUGCUCCUCCAAGGCUUCCAGAUGAUUUUGCUUUUACGGUCCAUCAUGAGUGUGCUUGGGGAUGUAGAGGAUCAUUUCUUCCUUCUAGAUACAAUUCUUCUCGGGCUAAAUGUAUUAAAUGCACCGCUUGCGGUUUGUUUUUCUCUCCGAACAAGUUCAUCUUUCAUUCUCAUCGUUUAACAACAAACGACAAAUACGUUCAACCAGACGCGGCAAACUUUAAUUCGUGGAGAAGGCACAUGAAACUAAGUGGUAAUCCGCCCGAGGAAAUUAUUCAUGCUUGGGAAGACGUUAAAGCUAUGUUCAAUGGUGGAACUAGAAAGCGACUUCUAUCAUCCUCAGUAGUAUCUCAUACAACUAAACAAAAUAAAGCAGAAUCUCAAAAUCAACCAGUUGUUCCUUCACCCAGAAUAGCCCAUUGUCAAGACUUUCGACUACCCAUAUCUCGAGUGGCCAUGGACUUAAUAUGCCAUAAACCACUCAAUUUUUCUUCCUAUUCUUCAUUUUCUUGGUUGAAGCAAAAUUCUCUGAUUUUUCCACCAGAAAACUCGUUCUUCCCUCUCGAUAAAACAUAUCAAUCGGCAUUUAAGCCGGUUCAGCCUAUACUGGAAAAUACACGAUCCCACAACUCAGAAGAAAGCGAUCACGAAGUGGAUAUAGAAACAACGGAUGAUAAUGCUGAAUCAACUCUCAACUGGGAACUGAAAGAGGAGAAGGUUGCCGAAUCUCCUAGUAGAAGCCAAUUACCUUUAGUAAGUCAAAGAGAGGACCUCCAGCCCUUUAGCCACAAAAUUUGGAAUCUUUCUAGGUUGCCUUUAGACGCUCCAGAGCGAGCAAGUUUUAUGUAUCGCCAAGAUCUCCACAAGCGAUUUCUAAUUGGAUCCGAUGAAUCAGAUGCUCUGCUUCGAGCUCCAGUUAGUUUAGCUUUAGGGUUGAAACCAGCUUUGGACUGCAGCUCAUGUUCUACACAAAGCGGAAUAAUGUAUACUCCUUCUGAAGCUGGCAAUAAAGUGACUUAG